UGCCGGUCAGUCGAGCGCAGAGAUGCCGCCCGCGUCCGUGCAGCCCCGCCGGCACGCGCCGCCCGCGCCCCGGCCCGGGGGCCCGCGCCCCGCCGCCCCGCUGCUCGCCCUGCUGGCGCUGCUCGCCCUCCCGCGGGCGGCGGGGACCUCGGCGGGCUCCGGGGGGCCCGAGGACCGCGGGCGGUGGCAGGACGCGGGGCCCCCGCGCUGGCUCCUGCAGCAGACGGCGCGCGCGGCGCUGCACUUCUUCAACUUCCGUGCCGGCUCGCCCAGCGCGCUGCGGGUUCUGGCCGCGGUGCAGGAGGGCCGCGCGCGGAUUAAUCCAAAAAAGGGAUGCCGAGUUGACCUGGCAUUUACCACAGAGCUCUAUAACCCAGAGGAAGGCAAGGAGCGUUUGGGGAAAUGUUCUGCUCAAGUGUUUUUCAGGAAGCAGAAACCCAGACCGGCCAUUAACGUAACCUGCACACAGUUCAUUGAGAAGGAAAAAAGACAGGAAAAGGAUUUCCUGCUUUACAAGCAAAUGAAGCAACUUAAAACCCCCUUGGAUGUCAUCAGCAUACCUGAUAGCCAUGGAUAUAUUGACCCCUCUCUGAGACCCAUCUGGGAUUUGGCUUUUCUUGGCAGCUCUUACGUGAUGUGGGAAAAGACAACUCAGAUUUUGUACUACUAUAUGGUACAACUCCGUAGCGUGAAGCAGUGGAAAACUCAGGAGGAUGCAAUUGAUUUUGAUUAUACGGUUCUACUUCACGAAUUCCCAACACAGGAAAUCGUUCCCUGUGACAUUCACCUGGUCUGGUACCCUGGCAAACCCCUGAAAGUGAAGUACCACUGCCAAGAGCUACAGACACCGGAAGAAGCCUCCGGAACUGGAGAAGGAUCUGCAGCUGCACCGACAGACUUCAAGAAUUUCUGAAAAGGAAAAAAGAGCUGCUUAUAUGAAAUUCUCAACUGAGUGACCGUACAAUAUAGCCUAAAUCAUUAUUCUAGUAAAAUCGCUAAGGCAUAAGGCAUCUGAGUAAUUUGGGAAAGCCUUUCUUUCUGAUUAUAAGCAAAUUCUCAAAAAUUAAAUGAUGUUGGGUUUUUUGUUUUUUAAUCGCUUUGGUUUUUAACUCUGCGACCACGUGCAUACUAAGCCCUGUUCAGAGUUGUAGAGUCACCCAGAAAGUUCCUCAGAGCUUUAGCCCUAAAAUAUAAAACUAGGUCAAUUAGUAAAUGCUGCAGCUGGGUCAACGGUACUUUUUCUAAAGCUGGUCUCCUCUCUAAAUCUGCAUCUCUCCUUAUUUUGAUCACGUUGUACCAACUGUUUUACUUGUUAAACUGCCUCUUCCUGGAUGUAAAUAAAGACAUUUUCAAUGAAAGCGAACUGUAGGGGAAAAUAUUAACUGUUCAAAAAGAAUUUUACUGUUUUUUAUGAUUUCAAGCAAGGAUUCCUUUUUAACUUGGUGCCUACUUUUAAAUAAAUG